CAGGUCAGGCAGCUACAGCUAGUAACGUUGGUCUUUCAUUAUAGAACAUUGUAUCCUCGAACAACUACUGUACUUGAAACUUGGUACUGAUAGACUUUUGUGACUCUUUACCCUGACUUAUCAAAGCCUCUCCAACGACAUGAUCCCUGGUGUUUUUGAGGAAGAAGUGUAUCUUGGCGAGGGUCUCCUCCUGGAGGACUUUACUAUGGAGGACUCUACUAUGGAGGGCUCUACUAUGGAGGGCUCUACUAUGGAGGACUUUACUGAUCUCACAACUAUGGACGACAACGUGACUGUGAACGGGGCCCCUGAGGUAGGCAUAGACUGCAUCACCAGUCUUGACGAAAACUACAACCAAACCGUUAAUGGGUUUGAGGGCAACUAUAUUCUCUGCCCCUCCAAUCUGACCCAGACGGAAGGAAACCCGACCACCACCGACGCCAGCUUACUGCCUGGCGAUCAAAAUCAAGAAUGGGAUGUACAUGUUGACACUGCAUUAGCGUUGAUGAUCCUCGGCGGGUUCCUGGUCGUUGCUGGUGUCCUCUUCUACAUCUAUCAAGCCCGUAAACAUAAAAGCUGGCUGUGGAUGCGUGUGGUGUGGCAGAAGUGGCGUGAGCAGCGGCUGAUGGGGAAACCCGACAACCCACAGCACAAACCCGACGUUCUGGCACCCGCUGAACACACGGAGAAGCCAUUGAAGACUCCUGAGACAGAUCAUGUGUCUACGGAGUCGCCGCUCACGAACGGUGUUAGAGAGACUUCGUUAACGACCAUUAGUGAAAAAGAAAUGGAUAAUAUCGAUCUCAACGACGAAGACGGUCAACGACAUGGCUCCAGUGUAAGCUUAUCAUAGAUGUACUAGUUUACAUCAACAGGCUCAUCGUUGGUGAGCUAGUUUACAUCAACAGGCUCAUCGUUGGUGUACUAGUCAACAUGUAUAGGCUCAUCGUUGGUGAGACUUGUUAACUAGAUACCAGAAUUGAUCGAUGGCACAAUACCAGAUUACUGUUGGUACUUACUAUUGCUCACCAUUUCUGUGACGUAACGCAGGAACCGCCGGUGACAGGAACCAGAAGGAAUCUGGUGAUCUUGUCCAGCACUAAUGGUCCUGCUGACGACAGACGAAAUGCCCUAACAAACUACUAACAAGGCAAUUAAAUGUGGUCUUUUAGAUAGUAUAUUCCUACAGAAGUUUUUAAAAAUUAUAUCAGUUUUGGUGUAAGAAAGUUUUAAAUUUACUUAAUUUGUUUGAAAGUAUACACUAUGUAGUAACGCGAGAAAUAAAGUGAUUAUUU